CGCUGCCCGGGAUGUUGCCCUCUUCUACUUCUACCAUUUAAGCCAGCUCGUUUGGAAAAGACUCCGGCGGCUCAUGACUUACAGGCGGCCUGGCGCAGCCGUCGUGAGAGGGUAACUGACUUCCAACCGGAGUCCUGCGGGAAGAGGCUGGGUCAAUCACAGCCUGGAGCCUCAGUUUCCCUAGCCGUAAAGCCGGCCGGUAACUCAGCGUAAGAGAUCAGGAAUGUUGAUUGAGCAAUCAAACGGCUGGGCACGAACACGGGGCCCCGAGGCACACUCCUGCGACGGAGGCCGGCGUCCGGAGGCCCCUCCUGGCAUCCGGCGGGGAGUCCCGAACCCGGCACCCGCCGCGGUCUCGGCCCUCCCGUCGGGGGCCCCCACGCCCCGCCGAGGUUGGCCCCUGCCUGGCGCAGAGAGGCGUGGCCGGCCCUCGAGCCCGCGGCGGCGGCCAUGGCCUCGGUGGUGGAAUACAAGGGCCUGAAGGCCGGCUACCACUGCGGCUACUGCGCGUCCAGGGAGGGCAAGACGUCGUGUGGCAUGUGGGCACACUCUUUGACAGUACAGGAUUAUCAGGAUCUCAUAGACCGAGGAUGGAGAAGAAGUGGGAAAUAUCUGUAUAAACCUGUCAUGAAUAAAACAUGCUGUCCUCAGUACACAAUAAGGUGUCGCCCUUUACAGUUUCAACCAUCAAAAUCUCACAAGAAAGUUUUGAAAAAAAUGCUGAAGUUUCUGGCUAAAGGGGAAAUUUCGAAAGGCAGUUGUGAGGAUGAACCCAUGGAUUCUACAACGGAGGAUGCUGUUGCUGGUGACUUUGCAUUAGUAAACAAGUUGGAUAUAAAGUGUGAUCUUAAAACACUCAGCAGUGACCUCAAAGGAGGCAUAGAGAGUGAAGAGAAAAAGAAGGAAAAUAGUUUAAAGAAGGAAGGAUCUAAGGAAUUAAUUCAUCCACAAGCUAUAGAGGAGAAGUUGGGUUCUGGUGAACCAUCGCAUUCAAUCAAAGUUCAUAUUGGUCCUAAGCCAGGUAAAGGGGCUGAUUUGAGUAAGCCUCCGUGCAGAAAAGCAAAAGAAAUGCGGAAAGAAAGGAAAAGGUUAAAACUCAUGCAGCAAAACUCAGCUGGAGCCUUUGAGGGUUUCCAGGCUCAAGGUCAGCCAGCAUCUUUGUUACCAAAGGCUAAAUCCAAUCAGCCCAAGUCACUUGAAGAUUUAAUUUUUGAAUCUUUACCAGAGAAUGCGUCACACAAGUUAGAGGUGAGGGUGGUGAGAUCUUCUCCACCAAGUCCUCAGUUCACAGCCACAUUUCAGGAGUCUUACCAGGUCUAUAAGCGUUACCAGAUGGUUAUUCACAAGGACCCACCUGAUAAACCAACUGUGAGCCAGUUCACAAGAUUCCUUGUUGACUCACCAUUGGAGGCAGAGUACCCUGCUAAUGGACCGGAGUGUGGUUAUGGCUCCUUUCACCAGCAGUACUGGCUCGAUGGGAAGAUUAUUGCUGUUGGUGUGAUCGACAUCCUCCCAUACUGUGUGUCUUCUGUGUAUCUGUACUAUGAUCCUGACUACUCAUUUCUGUCUUUGGGUGUCUAUUCAGCAUUAAGAGAAAUUGCUUUUACUAAACAACUGCAUGAGAGAGCAUUGCAACUCAGCUACUACUAUAUGGGCUUCUACAUUCAUUCCUGUCCCAAGAUGAGAUACAAGGGUCAGUAUAGACCUUCUGAUUUGCUGUGUCCUGAGACGUAUGUCUGGGUACCCAUUGAGCAGUGCCUGCCUUCUCUUGACAAUUCCAAAUACUGCCGUUUCAACCAGGACCCACAAGCAGUGGAUGAAGGCCGCAGUAAGGACCUUAACCGACUACGGGUACUGCACAGGCGAUCCACCAUGCCUUAUGCUGUUUAUAAGAACUACCAAGAAGACCCGAGUGAGGAGGAGGGUGUUCUGGAGUAUGCCAACCUUGUGGGGCAGAAGUGCGCCGAGAGGAUGCUGCUGUUCAGAAACUGACAGCCUGCUCCAUAGCCCAGCACCAGCCUGGGUACCUGGUCACUGUCCUGCAUAUCUUGGCUUCUGUAGCCACUCACCAAGUACAUUCUUAGAGCUUUUAAAAAAUAUUUUGUGGAAUUGUAUUUAUGAGAAUCUUGUGGUUAAUAUAAAGAUUUUAAAAUACACUAUGAUCUAGCCCCUUAAUUGGGACUUGUCCUUUUGGAGUUUGCUUCUGGAACAAGGUAUGCUAAAUGUCUCCAGUAAAUAUUCUGGGGAGGAAAGUGAAGAAAUGAGUCUAAAGAAUUUCCUCACAUUACUGUUUUUGUCCUGGAAAAAAUGCUAACAGAAAAGAUGGUUCUCAACCUGUGGGUCGCAACCCCUACAGGGGUUGUAUAUCAGAUAUUUACAUUACGAUUCAUAACAGUAGUAAAAUUCCAGUUGUGAAGUAACAACAAAAUAAUUUUGUGGUUGGGUCACCACAAUAUGAAGAACCAUAUUAAAGGGCAGCAGAAUUAGGAAGGCUGAGAACCAUUGACUUAGACUCAUACAAGAUGUUAGCUUAUGCUGGGAAAUUUAGGUGGGGUCAAAGGUGACAAACGCAUUCCAUCGCCAGGAAACAUGUCUUCCCCACAAACCAAAGCUCUGUUACUCUGUUCAACAUUAAAUUCUGCCAGUUUUUCAGUGUGUCAUUAAUAAACGACCUGAAAAGGCCAUGCAAACUUUGCAAAGAUCAGGUGUUCCCAUUGGGUGUGUGUCCAGGAUGGUCCGGCUAUGUCUGUUGUCUUGGCAUAGUUAUUUGCCUGGCAAAUCUUAAGGACCUGAGUUCAGUUCUCAAGAACUCAUGUAAAAUGCUGGGUCUGGUAGUGAGUGUGCGCUUGAAAUCCCAGCACUAGGGAGUCAGAGGAGCGUCCCUGGAGCACUGGCCAGCAGCCUAACCUACUGAGUAACCUCCAGCACCGAGAGACCCUGUCUGAAAGGAAGUGGACUGUAGUUCUGACACCUAGCCCCAGGCCUCCGUACACGCAUUUUAUAAAGAUGUGUGCUUGUCUUUUGAGCUCCUGAGUUGAAUGUGCACCGCAGCUAGUGUAGGGCAGUCAAGGCAAGUAUCCCAACUUUGCAUUUUGCAAAGUCUGUCUGAGAUACCUGAUUUUUUGUCAGUGGCUUUCAUCUAAAUAAAGACACAUGGAGCUUCCAGAGACUGGUUUUCUUUUCUCCAGGCAGGAGCUAUGCAUGUUCCAGCUCCUUGCUUUAGUCCCUUCUGAGUUCAGGUAGUUUUACACCUCCCUCCAUGACAGCACAGAUGUCAUUUUGGUUCUCGGUGUAUUAUCUUUGUUUAAAUUAUUUUCAGUUCUUAGAAUUUUGUUAUUUUUAUUAUAAAUAAUCUGAGCACUUUUUAUAUUCUAAGAUAGAGGAUAUAUUAUCAGAUAAAUAUAUUCACUCAAUUGAAAUUAUUUAGAUAAGAGAAAUUAUUGUUUAUGUUUUCUUUCAAGGAGUUUAUCCUAUUUUUAUCCAUUUGCAAAUGCCGGUUUUGCGUGGUUUCUUAUCAUAUCAAAAUUAUUAUGUAAAAGAACCUUUCCAGCUUUCUGAACAGCAAAUAGUUUGGUUUAUAAAUAUUGUAUUAUUUCAGUAUGAAUAAAGGUGAGAGAAUAUGAACACUUACCCAGAAUGAUUCUACUGCGGCUGACUUAAAAGAAGGAAAUGAAGUGGGAACUUGAUAUGUUUGAAUUACAAGUUAUUCAAAUGUGUGUUCCUUUCCAAAGGAAACCAGUGGCUAUAAGACAAAGUAACUUUGAUUGCAUUUGAUAGUUUUGCUCUUCUAAAAAAGACCAAAAUGAACAAAAUAAAGCUGUUUUUACCUGCA